GAACUGUUACUAUUUUGAGCCUCCCUCUCAAAUUCACGCUUCUACCUUCUCCGAUCUGGGAAACGACGACACACGAAUCCGAUUGAGCUGGCUCUUCGGGUUUGAAUCUUUCACAGGAAGCUGUCAUUUAGCCGUCCGUUUCGUUCGUUUUCCUGUGCAUAGGACUUGGACCACAGUCCGUUGCUACGGGGUGGGCAACAGGCAAACACCUCUCCGAACUCCGAAACAAUGGCGGACGACACGAGGCCCCUUGCAUCCCUCUCCCUAACCCACGUUUACUAUGACCCCGAAGACCCGCUCUCCUUCCUCUGCGCCUGGCUGGCCCUCCUCCCCCAAGCACUCUGCGUCGUCUACGUCACGUUGAUCUGGUCGACCCGUGAAGUCGAAGUAGCCCUGAUGUUCCUAGGCCAGCUAGGCUGCGAAGCCGCCAACUUCGCCCUAAAGCGAUUGAUAAAGGAAGAGCGCCCCCGCCGCAUCCAUGGGAAAGGCUACGGCAUGCCUUCCUCCCACGCCCAGUUUGUCUUCUUCUGGGCACUUUUCCUCGUCCUCUUCCUCUUCAUCCGUCAUAAACCACCGCACGACCCGGCCCGCGACGCCCGCUACCGCUCCCGCGCCCUGUCCCGCGCCGAACGCGUCGUAGGUUCCGUCAUAGCCUUCACCGCGGCCGCCGCCGUCGGCUGGAGUCGUGUCUACCUGGGCUACCAUACCGUCCGCCAGGUCCUCGUGGGGUGUGCUGCGGGCGUUUGCUGCGCCGUCGCCUGGUUCGCUGUCACCUCGUAUAUCCGUGACCAAGGGUUUCUGGACUGGGCUCUGCGUAUUCCCUUGGUAGAAUGGUUUCGCUUUCGCGAUCUUCUGCUCGAGGAGGACUUGUGCCAGGCUGGCUGGGAGAAGUGGGAGGAGAAGCGCAUCCAGGCGCGAAGCAGCAAGGCUCGUAAGGUAAAGUAG